AUGGACCUGGAUUUCUGUGAGACAGAGAGGCCUCCGUUGGGCACCACACAGAGGCAGCUGGAUAGUGAUGGACUGGAAAUCAAGAACAAGGGUGACCAUGAUAAAAUCUCUACAAUGGAGAAGCUGUAUAACUAUCUUGAAAGUGGAAAAAGUUCCAAUUCCACUUCCCAACAAAUAAACCCCAUUAGGAAGAAACCAUAUCAGUGUUUGGAAUGUGGAAAGAGCUUCAGUCAGAGCACCCAUCUCACUUCCCAUCAAAGAAUUCAUACUGGGGAGAAACCCUAUCAGUGUGUGGAAUGUGGAAAGAGUUUCAGUCAGAGCGCCCAUCUCACUUCCCAUCAAAGAAUUCAUACAGGGGAGAAGCCAUAUCAGUGUGUGGAAUGUGGAAAGAGCUUCAGUAAGAAGGACUGUCUUUCUUCUCAUCAAAGAAUUCAUACAGGGGAGAAACCCUAUCAGUGUGUGGAAUGUGGAAAGAGUUUCAGUCAGAGCGCCCAUCUCACUUCCCAUCAAAGAAUUCAUACAGGGGAGAAGCCAUAUCAGUGUUGUGUGGAAUGUGGAAAGAGCUUCAGUCAGAGCGCCCAUCUCACUUCCCAUCAAAGAAUUCAUACUGGGGAGAAACCCUAUCAGUGUGUGGAAUGUGGAAAGAGCUUCCCUAAUAGCUUCCAUCUCACUUCUCAUCAAAGAAUUCAUACAGGGGAGAAACCCUAUCAGUGUGUGGAAUGUGGAAAGAGUUUCAGUCAGAGCGCCCAUCUCACUUCCCAUCAAAGAAUUCAUACAAUGGAGAAACCCUAUCAGUGUGUGGAAUGUGGAAAGAGCUUCAGUACCAGCUCCCAUCUGACUUCCCACCAAAAAAAUCAUAUAGAGGAGAAACCAUAUAAAUGUUUGGAAUGUGGAAAACGCUUUAGUACAAGCUCCAAACUCAUUAUCCAUCGAAGAAUUCAUACAGGGGAGAAACCAUAUCAGUGUGUGGAAUGCGAAAAGAGCUUCAGUGACAGCCACAGUCUCACUAUCCAUCGAAGAAUUCAUACAGGGGAGAAACCAUAUCAGUGCUUGGAAUGUGGAAAGAGCUUCAGUAAGAGCCACAGUCUCACUAUCCAUCGAAGAAUUCAUACAGGGGAGAAACCAUAUCAGUGUGUGGAAUGUGAAAAGAGCUUCAGUAACAGCCACAGUCUCACUAUCCAUCGAAGAAUUCAUACAGGGGAGAAACCAUAUCAGUGUGUGGAAUGUGAAAAGAGCUUCAGUCAGAGCCACAGUCUCACUUACCAUCGAAGAAUUCAUACGGGAGAGAAACCAUAUAAGUGUGUGGAAUGUGGAAAGAGCUUCAUUAGCAGCUCCAAUCUCACUAUCCAUCGAAGAAUUCAUACAGGGGAGAAACCAUAUCAGUGCUUGGAAUGUGGAAAGAGCUUCACUGCCUUCUCUCAUCUCACUUCCCAUCAAAGAAUUCAUACAGGGGAGAAACCCUAUCAGUGCCUGGAAUGUGAAAAGAGCUUCAGUCAUAGUCACCACCUCACUUCCCAUCAAAGAAUUCAUACAAGGGAGAAACCCUAUCAGUGCCUGGAAUGUGAAAAGAGCUUCAGUCACAGCCACAGUCUCACUUACCAUCAAAGAAUUCAUACAGGGCAGAAACCCUAUCAGUGUGUGGAAUGUGGGAAGAGCUUCAGGAAGAGCUUCAAUCUCACUUCCCACCAAAUAAUUCAUACAGGGCAGAAACCCUAUCAGUGUGUGGAUUGUGGAAAGAGCUUCAGUUAUAGAUUCCAUCUCUCUUCCCACCAAAGAAUUCAUACAGGGGAGAAACCCUAUCAGUGUGUGGAAUGUGGAAAGAGCUUCAGCUGUAGUUCCCAUCUGUCUUCCCACCAAAGAAUUCAUACAGGGGAGAAACCUUAUCACUGCUUGGAAUGUGGAAAAAGCUUCAGCCACAACUUCUCUCUCACUUCCCACCAAAAAAUUCAUACAGGGGAGAAACCCUAUCAGUGUGUGGAAUGUGGAAAGAGCUUCAGGAGGAGCUCCCAUCUCAAGUGCCAUCAAAGAAUUCAUACAAGG